UCUCCCUCACGCACGGAAGCCAACCUAGUUCACUUGCAACCACAAUCUUGUCCACAACAGUCAUAAGAUGUCUGCAUACACAGAAUUCAACAAAACAGGCUAUGGCGAUGAUGCUGGCGGCUUCAUGGCCGGCUCCCAGUCUGGUAGCCAAGGCGGCGGCAAGUCAUACCAAGACGAAUCCCUCCGUCCCGUUACCAUCAAGCAAAUUGUUGAGGCCGAGGACGUUGCCGGCUCCGGCUCCGACUUCAAGAUCGAUGGCCACCCCAUUUCACAGCUCACAUUUAUCGGUCAAAUCCGCAGCGUGAAUGAGCAGCCGACCAACGCUACAUACAGAAUUGAUGAUGGAACCGGCCAGAUUGAAGUGAAGAAGUGGACUGAUCCCGAGGCCAAGGACGACAACAACGUGAAGCUCGAAGUCGACUCCUUCGUCCGCGUCUUUGGCAGACUCAAGUCCUUCCACAACAAACGCCACGUUGGCGCGCACGUCCUCCGACCUGUUACUGACUUCAACGAAGUUAACUACCACACUCUCGAAGCCACUUAUGCCCAUUUGUUCUACACCCGUGGACCCGCUGGUCAACAGAACGGUAACGGCGACAGCAUGUUCGUUGAUGGCGGAAAUGGCGCAUCCAACGGCAAUAUGAAUGGUGGCCAGCAUUCUGGCAAGCUUACACAAUGCUCUCCUGCUGCGCGAAGAAUGUUCCAGGCCAUGAGCUCUACCUCUGGCGGUGCUGAGGGUUUCCACCUGCAAACCGUUACGGGCCAAACGGGCAUGUCGGCACGUGAAGUAAUUGAUGCUGCGGAUGAAUUAUUGGGACAAGGAUUGAUUUACACAACUGUCGAUGACGAAACUUGGGCUGUUUUGGAAUAUUAAAAGAAUAAAAUGGGGUGUUUGCAUACAAUUGGUCAGAGUGUAGUCUAAGUGCCAGGGGCAUGUUUAGGCUCGGUGCUCAACACCGUGAUCACAGUUUAAUAAAUAUAUGAAGAAACGAUGUGAUAUG